AUGGAGAAACAAGGCACCGCCUCUCCGGGCUUGCGGGCAGGGGCGCGGCUGGCGCUCGGCGGCGGCUACGAUCAGUCUGCUGCAGAGGUGGCCGCUGAAGCGCGGAGCCUUUGCCGCCAAGCUUCCCAGCGCAGCAGGGGCAGCCGUUGCCCCUUCGACGACCACGCGGCCUUCGGUGCUAGUCCAGCGGACCGCGAGGCGCGGCCCAGGCAUCUGCCCCCCAGCGCGCCGGACGCCGCCAGGUCUCACCAGGAUGCGCAUGAGAUGCGGCGGAAUAACCGCCAAGCGCAGCUGAAGAUCGGCGGCACGCCCUGGGACGCGCCGGAGACCUCCAAUCCGAGUGCUAGCACCUGUGCUGCUGCUCAGCAGCAGGCCGCGGCCGGGGCGCCCAGCGCCCGGGCGGCGCGCAGCGAGGCGCUGGCGGAGGCGAAGCGCUACCGCGAGCGGAUGCACGGCUCGCAGGAUCUCAUUUCUGGCAACUACUGGGCCGGCAACGCACAGCAGAACCAGAGCUUGCCAACGCCAGGCACGGCGCUGUUGCCUGGCGCCCACAUGAAGCUGCAGUACGACGGAGGCAGCUUGCGGACCCUCACCCAUGAGAGGGCGGAGUACCUGAACUCGCGGAUCCUGGCGGAGAACAACCGAGCGCGGAAUGAGGCGCCUCUCCAGCUGAAUUAG